AUGACGUCCACUUCAACCUCGACUGCUGCUGCUCCUCUGCGGCCUCUACCAACCACUGAGGACCAUUCACCUGCGCUUCUCGCGCCCCGUCCUAGACAUCCGUCUGUGUCUUCAUUUACGACGCAAACAUCUGCGUCAACAGUCGCUCAAGGCCCGCUGACAAGUGAUGUACAAAUUCCAGUUUGGCUCAAGAAGCACAUGAGAUUCUGGAAGAUCCCCCCAACUACUGUCCAGGCACGAGCGUGGAUGUUGGAGGCGUUUGACUACUUCAACUCCGGAGGAUAUGAGCUUCCAUACCAAUUGAGAGGAAUCGAAACUGAGCUGAAGCGUGAAUGGAGAAGACAGAACGCCGAGGCGCAGAGUGCAACAACUCCUGGGGCUAAAAGAAAAUCAGAUGCCGCCUCCAGUUCUGCAAAUAAGAGAACCAAGACCGGUACAACGAUCAAGUCCGAAGAAACAUCAGCGGUUUCAAUGCCUCCGCCAUCUCGGAAGCCACUGGGUACCCUAAAAGGCAAAUAUGCUAUUGAAUCACUUUUUGCCUGCUGCGAUAGCCAUACCCAGCGCGCCCAUGAGGAGAUCUGUAGUGUCGUUCUCUCUCCCGGGAACGGCACCACCAUGCGAGGAUACUUCAAUAUGGGAGUCUUGCUAGAUCAGUACAAAGCCUUGAUCUUUUUCGAGAAACGCCCUUCAGAGUCUUCAUCAGGAAAAGUGUGGUUUAGAUGGCGGGGUAGGCAUGUCUGUAACGACUUCAAGGAGUACAGAGGAGACGAGAACCGCGGAUGGAUGAAGUUCCUUGGGGAUGGCAAGAUCGAAGUUUGGUUCGACAAGUUCAACAUGCGUUUGGUUGCGCAGAAAGGUAGGGGUAUUGGCGGAAGGAACCAGCAUGAUGCGUCUGGAUUCUGGGAAGAUUGGCAUGAGUUGGACGAUGAGGGUAUGGAUAUUCUGGAUAGGUUGGCGCCGCGAAAUAGGUCAGAUCCCGAUUAUUUGGGAAUCUUUUGA